AUGUUGACGUCGAUGAAACUGUUAAAGGUAAAUUAUUGGGAAGGUCGCAUAUUGUGCUUGCUAUCAUAUGACGGUGACAUAACACAACACUCGAAAGUUCACAUUUUUCACUUUUCGCACUCGCGCUUCAUUCAGAACUACCGCAGGGCCAACGCGGAGCAAGACCUCACUAUAUUAGUCUGUGGUGCUAUAAUUAUCACAUGUGUGUGUGGCUUAGACGGAUGUAUUGAUGCCCAUCAGACCACGUUACCUCCCCCAGUGAUGUGGGCCCAAAGAACUGGCGUAGUUUUUUUAACGAUAAAUUUAGAGGACUGUAAAGACCCCGAUGUUAAAUUCACGAAAGACUCUGUAUAUUUCAAAGGCAUUGGCGGCGUUGAGAAGAAAACUUACGAAGUCACAAUCCCCCUGUAUAAAGAAAUAGACCCGGAAAAGAGCAAAAGCUUCAAUAGGGGCCGGUGUAUUGAAAUAAUCUUAGUUAAGGCAAGUUCAGACGAUUCCUAUUGGCCUGCGCUGACUUCUGAUAAAAAGAAGCACCAUUGGCUAAAAUGUGACUUCAACAAGUGGCAGGACGAGGACGAUUCGGGUGACGAGGGCGUGGGGGGCAUGGGCGGAAUGGGCGGCGGCGACUUCGAGGAGAUGAUGCGGCAGAUGGGAGGCCUGGGGGCCGGCGGGGACAAGCCCUCCUUUGAUGAUUUAGAAGAUGGUGAUGGUGCUGAUUCAGACGAUGAACCUAUUCCCGAUCUUGAAUAAGCACUCGAAUUACUUCUUUCCUUUUGUAUCUUUUCAUUUGUUAAGUUAACAAUAAAAUGUUUAGUGGUA